AUGACCAUCAACGGCACAGAGGGAACCACAUUUAUCCGGUCGGCGUCCGCACAAGGACUGGCCGGCCUCUGCACUUGGGCUGCUCUUCUUAUCACCAGUCAUCAAAUCUACCAACAUCUCCGAUUUUACUCCUGUCCUGCCGAGCAACGCUGGAUUGUUCGCAUCCUGUUCAUCGUCCCAAUCUAUGCAUUUGACUCAUGGCUAUCUCUCAUCUUCUUCUCGGACAACGUCUACAUCUACUUCAACUCGAUUCGUGACUGCUAUGAGGCAUUUGUGAUUUACUCAUUCUUGUCGCUGUGCUAUGAGUAUCUGGGUGGCGAGAGCAACAUUAUGGCCGAGAUUCGCGGAAAGCCGAUUCGCCCGACCAACUAUCUGACGUGCACCUGCUGCUUGGCUGGCAAGCAGUACACCAUCGAGUUUCUUCGCUUCUGCAAGCAGGCAACUCUCCAAUUCUGUUUCAUCAAACCAAUCAUGGCUGUCAUCACCUUGAUGCUCACCGCAAUUGGAAAGUAUGAGGAUGGAGACUGGAGUCUGGAUCAAGGAUACAUCUACAUCACGUUGGUCUACAACGUCUCCAUCUCGCUUGCUCUCUACGGAAUGUUCCUUUUCUAUGCCGCGACUCGUGAUCUCCUCAGCCCGUAUCGCCCGGUUUUGAAAUUCUUGACUGUCAAGAGUGUCAUUUUCUUGUCUUUCUGGCAAGGAUUCCUCAUCGCCAUUCUUGGUGCCACCUCUGCCAUCGACCCGAUUUAUGAUGCCGACGGAAAGGAAGUGAUUGGACGUGGAACUGUUGCCGCUGGAUGGCAAAACUUCUUCAUCUGCAUCGAAAUGUUCUUCGCCGCCAUCGCCCUCCGUUUCGCUUUCAAUGUCUCCGCCUAUGCUGAUGCUCAUAAUGCAAGCAGCGCCAACGAUGGACGUCCAGUCACACUUCAAUCCAUAAGCUCGUCGCUCAAAGAAACUAUGAACCCUAAGGAUAUUAUGCAAGAUGCUAUUCACAAUUUCCAUCCACAAUAUCAACAGUACACUCAACACUCCAACGCUCAACGACCGCAACAACCGGGAACUAGCACCAGUACUGAAGAACAACGAAUGUCCAAAGCUGGCUCUGCAAUUAAUUAUUCAACAAUGGUGGAGAGCGGAACGCACGAUUCAUCAUCUGGUGCACCGUCUCAAGCCACUGGAAACCUUCUUGACGCAUAG